CGGUGCAGAAAGUGGCGCGAGUGAAGGCCCCGAACAAAUCCCUGCCCUCGGCCGUGUACUGCAUCGAGGACAAGAUGGCCAUCGAUGACAAGUACAGCCGGCGGGAGGA